AUGGCACGCACGAAGGCGCAAUCGCCACCUGUGCGCGACCUCCUCACCCAACUGGCGCAGUAUCUCGACGAUGCCAACUACCGAUCCACACUCGAUGCCCUACUGGCCGAGGCACGCGAGCACAACGUGGACGGCGUGAGUGCGACGUCAUGGGAGGGGAAUGCGACGCUAGAGAGCAUGUGGCAGUUGUGGAAGGAGCAGAAGGGCGCUUUCCCGACUGCGCAAGUAGGAACUGCGCCGAAGAAGGAAAGCAGGAAGGAGGGCAAGAAGGCGACGAAAGAGGCGGAGAGCAGUAGUGAGGACUCGAGCGAUGGUAGCGACUCGGAGGAUGUGACGGAAGGCAAGAAGGCGGGUGUGGUGGACGACGAGGCGGAAAGCACGAGUAACGCCAGCUCAGAUGAGGAGGAGAAGAAGGUUGCGCCGGCAGGCACGAAGCGGAAGAGGGAAGUCACGCCCGACUCGUCAAGCGACGAAUCAUCGAGCGACAACAGCAGCAGUGACAGCAGCGACGACUCUUCAGAUGACGAGGCCGCACCGCCAGCCAAGCGUACGAAGACCGAAGCCAAGGACGACAGCAGCGACGAUGACAGCAGUGAUGACUUGAGCUCGGAUUCGGGCGCGGCGGGAGGCGUGGAUGUGGUUAUGGACUCGUCCUCGGAUUCUAGCUCCGGGACCUCCAGCUCCGACAGCGACAGCGACAGCGACUCUGACUCAAGCAGCGGCUCCAGCUCCUCAUCCGCCGAGUCAGAUGGCACCGUUGCCAGCAGCAGCAGCAGCAGCAGCAGCGGCAGCGACAGCGAUAGCGACAGCCCGCCACCACCAAAGAAGAAAGCAAAGAAAGCAGCAUCACCCGAGAAGAAGCCAGCACCAGAAGAAGUCAAGCCAAAGAAGGAGACCAAGAAAUCAAAAAAGGCCAAACCAACCAUCCAACCCGCGGCCGAAAACGACUCAGCCGCAUCCUCCGUCACCCUCCCGCCCAACUCGCCCAUAAAAGAAGACCUGGUAGUCCCCACCUCCGCCCUCUCCACCCUCGACCCCUCCAUCUCAACACCCGCCUCCACCUCCGCAGACGAGACGUCCGGAAUCCAUCCCGACCGCCUCCGCCGCAUGCCCCCCUCAACCACAACCAGCGCACCACCCACGACCACCGUCCCCGCCACAGCCGAGAACGUGGCAAAGUUGAAGAAGUCAAACGUCCCCUUCUCCCGGAUCCCGAAGGACACCUUUGUCGAUCCAAAAUUUUCGAGCAACGAGUAUGUCUCUUAUGAUUAUGCGGAUCGGGCGCAUAGGGAUUUGAUCGUCACGAAGGGGAAGGGGUUUACGAAGGAGAAGAAUAAGAAGAAGAGGGGUGCUUACCGUGGCGGAGCAAUCGAUUUCACGCCCAAGGGUAUCAAGUUCGAUGACUAG